CUAUGCAAAGAAACGACAUGAUGAUUAGGAUAAUAAAUCUCUGGAGCUCCACUAACCGAAUGAAUUGGGAUUAAACGCCUCUGGUUUGUGAAGCUUUUGCAGUGGGUCUGCUUCAAUUGCUGUGGAAGAGAUGGUGUUCUUGAGUUGGGGUCGUCCAUCUUCUGAGCAACAGCAACAAGUAAUCAACAAAACAGGAGCCUUCAAUUAUGACAACAAGUACAGAGGAGUUUCGUCUAGGUCUAUAGCUAAACUUAAGGAAGAUUCAGAAGUUGAAAAAGAUGGAUUCUUGAUCAAUCAUGCUAGGGUUUUAGUCGGUUCAGGUAGAGAGAGUUUCGAGAAGGGCAAAAAAGCUCUACAGAAUUGGAAGCAUUUUGGUAUGGAUUGGGCAUUUGUUGAUCCUGCAACUCCUGUUGAAACCGGUAAGAAGUUUUGCAUUUGUGUGAAAGAAGUUCUUCCAUGGGUGAUACUUCCUCUACAAGUGGUUUAUGUUGACGAAAGCCGGAAAUCAAGAAAAGGCCCUGCGCAUUUCGGUUACGGAAGCGGUACUCUUCAGGGUCAUUUACUCGCUGGAGAAGAACGGUUUUCGAUAGAGCUUGAUGGAAAUGGUGAAGUAUGGUAUGAGAUAACAUCUUUCUCAAAGCCAGCUCAUUUCUUGUCGUUCCUCGGAUAUCCUUAUGUGAAGCUAAGGCAGAAGCACUUUGCUCGCCAUUCUUCUGAAGCAGUGCUAAAACAUCUCAAGGCUUCGUGAUGAUAUCAAAAAUGAAGAUAUUUCGUUAAACAAGUUGCAUCUUCUGUUCAAUACACUUUGUCUAUACCAAAAAUGAAGAUGAAAGGUAAGGUUUUUAUUCAGAUGGUUGGUACUCUUAAUACAUAAAAAUUAGCUUUGACCUAAACAAGAUUUAGAGAAAGCUAGGAACAAACAUUUGGAAACAACUCUUCUCAGAUUUUGACAUUGUUGUGAUACUACCAUCAUCUAGCUUGAACACCU